GGAAGUCUGAGGAUGCCAGGUUAAGGCAGGAGAAGAAGAAACAACGUAACAAGGAAAAAUAGGAGCAGGUGGAGCGCGAAGCAAAGUUGAAGUUUGAACAACAACUUGAAAUUGAACGACAGGCUAUAGCAGAGGAGGAUACUAGGCGAGAAAGAGAACAACAGGAAUACAACGAGCGUCUUUUAAAAGCACAGUUAGCACGGGAUCAGCUGAGGAACAAUAUUAUUAUUGUCGAAAUUUUUUUAUAUAUACAUUAACAUGUUUGAUUAUUUAUAAUAAAUUAUUUUAUUUUUACAGUUCAAAGCACGGCCUGAAAAUCAGUUCAUAAUAGAAAGGACAAAGGGAAGGUUUCAUUCUUUUAAUUAACGUGUGUAUAGAUGAAUGAAUGGUUUGUGUUAAAAAGUAUGGUUAUAUUUUGUCUGCGAUUCUCAGGCUCGGAAAGUGGAGGGUCAACGCCGGCGUCGUUUGAACGAAAAGGAAUAAGAGCGUGAAAAAGAACGUAAAGGAUUAUUAAAUAUUCGCAGUAAAGGGUCUGGGAAUGCAAUAGAACAACGGGAAAUUGACCGUAUCAAUAGUCCAUUGGAUGCGCAGCUUCGCAUCGGUUGUCUGUGUUGGAGAAGUUAAUUUGGGAGGAGAGCCUCAGACUACAGAACGAUUAAUUCGUCAGCAAACGCAAAGCGAUAAUAUUAUAUUGGACGAUAAAGAAUAUAGGCAGCGUGUAAUGGUGGAGAAGCAAAGACAAACUCAGCUUUUUAGUCAACAACCUUGCACACAAUACAUAUUCGGGGGAUGUAAGGCUAGGAAAAAUAAGGCGUAUAAUGAGCGGAAAAGGCCGAGAGAGCAUCCAAAAAGCAACCAGUGCAGAAAGUUAAAAGCACUAAACAAGUAUCCUCGACACGUUCUGCAGCCCAGAAAGCACGACGGGCAACUGAGAAAGAAAAUAAGGCAGAAAUGGAAAGAAUGGAUACUAGCGGUGAAGCUGUCACAGUUCAAAAUUUUGAUUUGGUUCCCAAGGCACGAGUGCGUGUGCAUCCAGAAACAUUGUAUGCAUCUCUGA